AUGGCUUGGUCUGAAGAUACCGCAGGAAUGGGUCACCACUAUGGAAGUGACGAUCGCUCUCCAGAACUGAGUGACGAGCUGAACCAGAAGAAACUGAAGAGUCUGGAUUUGGAGGGCCAAGGCCCUCGACAGUCCCAUCACCAUGUCACGACACUGGACGAUACCUCGUCCACAAGCGAAAGUGUCGGUCGUCAGAUUGAGCUUGAGUCUGAGAACCAGAUCAAAUAUCGAACUUGCAGUUGGCAAAAGACUGCGGCUCUGCUAUUCUCCGAGUAUAUUUGUUUGGCCAUCAUGUCGUUCCCUUGGUCAUACUCAAUUUUGGGUCUUGUACCUGGAUUAAUCGCGACGGUGGUGAUUGCAGCAAUUGUGCUAUAUACCUCGUUGACUGUCUGGCGGUUCUGUCUCAGACACCCUGAAAUUCGCGACGUGUGUGACUUGGGUCAAUAUCUCUUUUGGGACUCCAAGAUCGCGUGGUGGGCCACGGCCGUCAUGUUCCUCCUGAACAACACUUUCAUUCAAGGUCUGCACUGCGUGGUCGGUGCCGAAUACUUGAACACCAUGUCUGGCGGUGCCGUUUGCACUGUGGUCUUCUCCCUCAUCGUGGCAAUUGUGUCUUUCUUCUUCUCGUUGCCUCGUACGUUCAGUGCGUUGUCUCGGGUGGCUACCUUUUCCGCAUUUUUCACUUUUGUCUCCGUGCUUCUGGCGACCAUCUUUGCCGGCAUCGAGGGACAUCCAGCCAAAUACAAAGCCAGCACCGGGCUGGAAUGGCUGGUGAUCCCCGCCAAGGGCACCUCUUUCAUCCAGGGCAUGAGCGCGUUCCUGAAUAUCAGUUACACAUUCAUCGGACAGAUCACCCUUCCCAGCUUCAUCGCGGAGAUGAAAGAGCCUCGAGACUUCUGGAAGUCCGUAACUGCCGUUACCAUCGCCGAGGUCAUUGUGUUCAGCAUCGUGGGCGCCGUCAUCUAUGUGUACUCCGGUCAGUACACGACUGCUCCCGCCUUUGGUUCCUUGUCGAACGAGGUCUAUAAGAAGGUCGCUUUCUCUUUCAUGAUUCCGACCAUCAUCUUCCUGGGUGUCCUCUACGCUUCGGUGUCCGCGCGUUUUAUCUUCUUCCGCCUGUUUGAUGGCACCCGCCACAAGGGAAACAACACCGUCGUCGGAUGGGCCGCAUGGGCGGCCAUUCUGGCCACCCUCUGGAUCGCAGCCUGGAUCAUCGCCGAGGUGAUUCCCUUCUUCUCGGAUUUGCUCUCGAUCAUGAGUUCCUUGUUCGAUUCGUUCUUCGGAUUCAUUUUCUGGGGCGUCGCUUAUAUUCGAAUGCGGGCCGCCGACCAUGGCCCCGACUUUUACAAAACUCGCGGUAUUCGAGGCUGGAUUGGCUUCAUCUUCAAUGUCUUUUUGAUCGUCGUGGGAUUCUUCUUCCUCGGACCCGGAACUUAUGCCUCUGUCAUGUCUGUUGUCCAAAGUUACCGUGAUGGCACUGUGGGCGGCGUGUUCACAUGCAAGAGCAAUGCGCUGUAA